AUGUUCCCACCGCCACCACAUCCUUUGGUGGACUCAAGCGGUGGUCAACGCUUUCUAGUGGAGCGUAUUUUGAACCACCGCGAUGUGAAUGGCAUCCGGACGAGUUACCUCGUCCGCUGGCGUGGCUUCCACCGGCGUGGGACAGCUGGGAGUCUCGUGCCCAGCUGA